AUGGCCGACGGCACAGUGCGGGAUGAUGUAGAGGAAAUUGAACAGCUGGAGGCGCGUGCGGCACAGCUUGACGAGCGGAAGCUGGUGCGCAAGUUGGAUCUCCAUAUCAUUCCGCUCAUUCUGAUGCUGUACCUGUUUAGCUUCCUUGACCGCGUGAACAUUGGAAACGCACGCUUCUACAAGCUCGAGUCGGACCUGGGCCUGUCCUCGACGCAGUUCCAGAUUGCCGUGUCCAUCUUCUUCGUGCCCUAUCUCCUCUUCGAGGUGCCCUCGAACCUGGUGCUCAAGCUCUUCACCCCGCGGCGGUGGCUCGCGGCGCUCGCGCUCGCCUGGGGCCUCGUGGCCACGCUCUCCGGGCUCGUGCAGUCGUACGCGGGUCUGCUCGCGUGCCGGCUGGUGCUCGGGGUCGUCGAGGCGGGCCUCUUCCCGGGGCUCACCGUGUACCUGACGCUCUUUUACACGCGGCACGAGCUCGCGCGGCGCGUGGGCUACCUGUUUGUGAGCGCGGCCGUUGCGGGCGCCGUCGGCGGCCUGCUCGCGUUUGGCAUCGGCCACCUGGACGGCGUGCGCGGCAUGAGCGGCUGGCGCUGGAUCCUGAUCCUCGAGGGCAUCCCGAGCGCGCUGCUCGGCGUGGCCACGUACGUCUGGCUGCCCAACGACCCGGCCACGGCGCGGUUCUUGGGCGACGCCGAGAGGGCGCUGAUGGAGCUGAGGCAUCGCAGGGAGUACGGAAACACACAGUCCAGCAGGGAGUUUAGCGCAAGGGAUAUGAGAACGGCGUUUCUGGACUGGAAGGUGUGGGCGUUUUGCGUGGCGCAGUUUGGCGUGGACACUAUGCUCUACGGUUACUCGACGUUUUUGCCAACCAUUAUUAAAGGCCUGGGGAAAUGGACGCCGGCGCAGGUGCAGCUGCUCACGAUCCCGUGCUACUUUGUAGGCGCGAGCACCUACAUGGCCAUUGCCACCGUGUCGGACCGGACGCAGAAGCGCGGACUGUUUUGCGUCGUCUUUGGCAUACUCAGCGUCGUUGGCUACGCAGUCUUGCUGUCCAAUGUGUCGUCGGGCGUGCAUUAUUUUGCGUGUUUCCUGGUGGCAGCGGGACUCUACGUUGUCGUCGGCCUACCACUGGCUUGGCUCCCCAACAAUUCGCCUCGUUACGGCAAGCGAACCACGGCCACGGGUCUGCAGCUCACGAUUGGCAAUGCCUCUGGCAUCAUGUCGUCCUUUAUCUACCCAACUCUGGAUGCCCCGCGCUUCAUUCGCGGACACGCCGUGACGCUGUCCAUGGUAUCCAUGGGCACGCUCAUCUAUGGCCUGCUGUGGGCGUGGUACCGCGGCGAGAAUCGGCGACGCGCCGCGGGGUUUGUCAAGGAGGAGUACAAAACCAUGUCCGAUGACGAGCUGCGGGAGCUGGGCGAUGAGAGCCCUCGAUUCACAUACACGAUAUAA